CAAAAAGAUGGUUUGAUCUGUUAAAUUAAAAUGAUAGAAAUAACCAUGUAAAAGAAAAGAAGCUGUUGUCAAGCUGUUUAGAUAUCUGAUCCAUGAACAGAUGAAGCGCACCUUGAUCGAUCAGCGUCAGGACUUAAAGUGCAGCAGCUGUUUAAUCAUUCAUUACUGUGUGGUUAAAAGGCUGUGCAGGAUUUGUGUUCUUCUGGCAGCUCAACAUGAGUUACUUUGGGGAGAUCCUCACAGCUGUCGGUGAAUUCGGAGCAUUUCAGAAGCGCCUGCUGGUGGCAACAUGCAUUCCCAAUAUCUGCAUGGCCUUCCACGUGUUUGGACAGGUGUUCACAGGAAUAAGCGUGGCGCACCACUGUAGCACUGACUGGAUCCUGAAGCUGAGCCCCAACCUAACGAGACAAGAGCAGUGGAAUCUAACACUGCCCAAGGAGAAGGACGGCUCCUUUAAGAAAUGUGAGAUGUACACUCCGGUUGACUGGGAUAUUGAGGCCAUCAAGGCGUACGGACUGAACUCCACUGUGCAGUGUCAGGAUGGGUGGGUCUAUGACACAUCGCAGUACACGUCAACGUUAGUGACCGAGUUUAAUCUGGUUUGUGAUAACAGUGGAUUCAAUGAGCUGUCCCAGUCUAUCUUCAUGGCUGGUCUCCUUAUUGGAGCCCUGGUGUUUGGCCCACUAGCUGACAGAAUUGGUCGCCGGCCUGUCAUCCUCCUUUCAAUAUGUCUGCAGUUUGCAUCUGGGAUUGCUGCUGCAUUUUCACCAAAUAUUUACGUCUACAUCUCCCUUCGUUUUGUUGUGGGCACCACCAUAUCCGGGCUGAUGAUCAAUGUUUUUGUGUUGGGCACUGAGUGGUAUGGAAUCUCCAAGCGUUCCUUUUCCAUCAUCCUCACCCAUGCUGCCUUUUCAGUGGGCAUGAUGGUUCUGGCUGGUAUGGCAUACGUUGUUCGAGAGUGGAGGGCACUGCAGCUUGGGCUGUCUGUUCCGUUAGCACUCACUGGCAUUUUCUUCUGCAUUCUUCCGGAAUCAGCCCGCUGGCUUCUGACCCAAGGAAAGCAGGAGGAAGCGAAGAAGCUGAUCCUAAAAGCUGCGAUUGUGAAUAAACGCACAGUGCCAGAGACCCUGCUUCACGAGAUGGAAGGUGAGAAGUCAAGCAAGACUGGAAGUGUAUUGGAUCUGUUCAGAAUACCCCGUCUGAGGAGAAUCACACUAAUCAUGUCCUAUAUCUGGUUCGUGACCAGUCUUGUGUACUAUGGACUGGGCCUCAAUGUCGGUAAUUUUGGGCUGGAUAUUUAUUUGACCCAGUUUAUUUUUGGCUUGGUGGAGAUACCUGCACGCAUUGGAUCAGUCCCUCUCCUGGAGAACUUUGGCAGGAAGAAAUGUCAGGGUGCUGUCCUGCUCUUGGGCGGGACAGCUUGUCUUCUCAUUAUAGCCAUUCCUGAAGAUGUAUCUGUUGCAGUGACUGUGCUGGCUGUACUAGGGAAGUUUGCCAUUGCUUCUUCCUUUUCCAUUUGCUAUGUGUACAGUGCUGAGCUGUUCCCAACAGUUGUAAGGCAGACCGGUGUUGGCCUGGUGUCCAUGUCGGCCCGUGUUGGUGGCAUCAUCGCCCCGCUGAUCAGACUCCUGGAGGUGUAUCACAGCUCCAUUCCUCUGGUUAUAUACGGGGUGACCCCGUUGAUUGGGAGUGUCCUUUGCAUUCUACUGCCAGAAACACUGAACACUGAGCUGCCAGACCACACCUAUCAAACUGAUAGGAGUCACCAGUCUAAAGAAAUGAAGUGUGACUCUGUUGAGAAUGGACGUGUUCACCCACAGGAAGACAGAGCGAUUUUUGUAAAAAGCACUCCGCUAUAAGUGUAAAGAGGAGUCUGCUUGGGAAGACUGACCAUCUUUGUAAUCCUACAAUUAAAAACCACAGGUUUAGUAACGUGGACUGAGAUUGUUUGACAAUGGGGAACGUUGCACAACAUGAACCAUGUGAUCACAUGGAUUGACUCUCCUUACACUGUGACUUUCUCUCAUGUGAUCUUUAAUAGGAAUGUAUAUCGUAUGAUUGAGUGUUGAAAGUUGUGGAAGGGUUUGUAUUUUGAAUAAUAAAAUGACAUUGUGUGUCAGGUUGAUUUAUAUUAUAAUUACUGUUAACAAUAAACAA